AUGUCGUUGAAAUCAAGAUCCGAUGUGUCCUACGCCAAACACAAACUUCCGUACCCCAUCUAUGCGGCCGAUUUCGAUCCCGCUCGACGUGGCUAUUUGGUCGUAGGAGGGGGCGGAGGAGAGUCCAGCACUGGCAUUGCCAAUCAGAUUACCGUGUUUGAUGUAUCAAACCGUGGUACAGUCGUGCCUGUCCUUGACAUCGACCUCUCUCGAACCGAAGACUCAGUAGCUUCUCUCGCGAAUUUAGCCACCAAAGAUGGUCUUAUCUCCCUAGCUGGCAUCAACUCAUCCACAGCAGACCAGAAGGCCGGCAAAAACGAGCACUUGCGCGCGUUUCACAUUCGCUAUCCGCCGAGGAAAAAGCAAAAGACGGAGGAGGCGGAUUCCAAGCAAGAAGGGAAUAUCACAAUCCUCGGCAAGCGCUCGUUCUUCAAGCCUUCGGCCAGCGUGAAGGAGCAGACGUAUCAGCCGCGGCGGCAGGAGUCGGGCAACAAGCGCAUCGGCGCCAUAGCUAGCGGGCUGGCCCAAGAGCCACAGAUCAUCGUUUUCAAUGCCACCGCGAUGCCUCCAGAGGAGGGCGAUGUGAUUGCCAGAAUUGACCUGCCGGUGCGAUCUGAAGCUGCAGACAUGGACAUCAUUUUCACCGACGACUCCGAGUACAGCUUGGCGUACUGCGAUGACUACAACAUCCAUGAACAGACGUAUCAGAUCGACUUCGCCAGCAAAAAGAUUGACAAGCGCCCGCGAGGACCCAGACGAGUGCACCAAAUGGCCUUGCCGGACACUCUUUCCGACAUGAAGAGUCGGUCCAAGUUCCGGUGUCUGCGGUUUCUGAACGACUUCAGCCUUUUGGCCCUUGCCAACAAGCCUAACAAGAAGGGUGCCGAAUUGCGGCUUUACCAUCUUUAUCCCACUGGUCCAGCGAUGGAGGUCUGGCACAAGACCCUGCCAUCACACAUCAAGCAGGCUGCAUCGAUGGACGUCUGUCUGCUCGACGCGGAUGAGUUUGGCAACCGACAAGUCGUUAUUGCAGUAGCAGGACAAGACAUCAGCAUCGAAGUCUUCACGACCAAUUACUCAAGCAGCACGGAGACAUUCACUUCGCUGAGGUCAUAUUUGACGAUGCGAGAGGUCCAUGAGCAGGGAAUGACGCAAAUUUGUUUCGAGCCUUUUGAAUCGCCCCCGCGAGCACCGGAUGUGGACCCCAAGGCUGGUGGCAAAGGCGAAGCGAUGACCACGGCAUUGCUGCAUCCGGGUCCACAAUACCUUCGGUUGGCUUCUGUGAGCUACGCCAAUACCGUGGUCGUGGAGACCUUCCCGCUACAGCCACUAGAACCCAAGGACAAGAAAUCUCGCUAUGUGCUCAGCCACCCGGCCGAUGAGUCGUUCAAGUUCUGGUCUUACGCGGUGAUCAUCGGGACGAUGGUGCUCGUCGGCGCAAUAUUGCUGCAGUCAGUCCUCAGCGGCGGUGCCGGCUCAGCUGCGGACCUACUCUCCUUCCUCCCUCCCGAAGUCCAGCUCGUUCACACCGUGGAAGUGAAACACGCCACGGCGAGCGACGAGCCCGUCGUCGCCACAAGCACCGCAGACCUACGUGAGAUGCUCGCCGAGCACCACACCUCACCCGAGGCGGCCGAGACUGUUGCGGUCGUCGUAAGCGAGGCCGCCGACGGGAGCGGCAUUGACGUCGACACGCACCCCGACAAGGCAGAGUAUCUUCAGGAGAACACCGAUGCCAAGCACUGGGACGAGCUCGAGCCGCACGCCAAGGCCUACUGGAAACGCAAGCUGAUCAAGGCGGGACAAUGGGCAGAACACGAGGGCGAGUCCGUCCUGAAGGGUGUGUUGUGGAGCACGUAUUCCGGGUUUGUCGGACAGGUUGCUGGAGAGAUCCUACGGGAGCUGUGA